AUGAGAAACAAAGGAAGCAAGUACCCCAUUGCCUUCAAGCCGAUCCUACUAGUCGUCUUCUUCCUCCUGGUUUUUGUUUUGGUAAUAUUACUCCGUUCAUCAUCUUUACCAACAUCCUUUCAAGCUCCAUCUGUUACCUCUGAUUCAAGCCUACCCACCACCACCAACCCAACAUCUUGCCCUCCUAUGCAACACCAAUUAUCGGCCUCUCAAACAUGCAACAAGCUUUCUCCGGCCACUGCCGAGACACUCGUUCACUACGUCACUUCAAACAUAACCCCACAACAAACCUACAAAGAAAUCUCCGUCAGCCUCAGGGUUCUAUUGAAGAAAUCCCCUUGUAAUUUCUUGGUUUUCGGACUCGGUUUCGACAGUCCAAUGUGGGCCACGCUCAACCACGGCGGCCGGACGGUGUUCCUAGAAGAAGACAAGUCAUGGAUCCAGCAAAUCCAGUCAAAAUUCCCGACUUUGGAGUCGUACCACGUCGUAUACGACACGAAGGUAGCGCGUGCGGCGGAGCUGAUGGAGAUAGGGAAGAGGGAGGAGUGUAACGUCGUCGGAGAUCCGAGGGUCUCUGGGUGCGAGCUGGCAAUGAAAAGGGAACUUGCCAGAGGAGGUGUAUGA